CGCACGCAGACACAUGCAAUAAAAAUUCGAAUUUCAGUUUUUUUCUCUCUCCGAAACGUACCAAAAAAGUUUUCUUCCACCAAAAAGGAAAAAGCGUAACGCGYCGCUAGCAAAUAGUAUUCGCAGAUCGUUAAACACUGCGCUAGUUACAAUAAUAAAACGGAACUGCAGAGUUUUCUUAUAGUAUCAGUAAAACUAAGACGAUAAAAGCAUGGAGAAAAUUAAUUCGGAAAAUGUUGCGGAACUGAAGAAGGCCGUUAAGGAUCAGGUGGAGGAGAAACCGAAGCUGGCACAACCGGAAACACCGAAAACCCCAUCCUUGCCGGUGAGCAGCUUAAUUGGCUUCAACACCGARGACUUUCUGGCGCGUGUCAAUAUGAAUGAGAAGAUUAAUAACAUUUUACGCUCGCCCACCAAGACACYGAACGGUGUGCGCCAACGCUCCGUUUUCACGGCCAUAACGCCGUCAUCGUCGCGUUUCAAUGCCAGCGCUGCUCCUUUUGUUUCGCAGCAACAACGUUCAUCAGUCACUGCCGCUAACACGGGCACAGCAACUGGUGCCGUUAUGACGCCCAAGGAGACAUCCACGCCUUCGGCCGCAUUGCAGGCUCGUCAAAUGCCCAUACCGGUGCACAUGAGUGCAGCCUCUCCRCAUCAUUAUGGUGGCUACGAGACGCCAUUAACCGGACGUAGCRGUGGCAUGUCGAGGGGUGUUUUUAAUACUCGUUAUCCCGUAGCACCACCACCAUCGCCGAUCUAUGGUUUCGAAAAUGAAAUGUGUCGCAUGCCUCCUACCAUGUCACCCUCUCAUCACGCACAACAGUUUCCACAACCCAUGCCGCCGCCACCCUACGCAGUCGGCCGUUUGAGCGGCAGUCACCGCGGUGUUGAGUACGAGAAUCCGACUCCGCCACCUUGUCCCGGUGCAGGGCCCAUUGCCAUGACUAAUGGCACYAUACAACUGCGUCUGCGCGACGGCAUACGCAUUGACAUGACGCUGGACAAGGCGGUACGCGUACUCAAUCAGCGCAGCAUGGUGGCCAUUGCACUGUCGCGCAAUUGCAGCAACUCAGCGCUGAUUCAUCCAAACGGACGUAUAUUGCAGAGUGGUUCCAAAGUGGAGAUAGUUACCUAUGAUGGCAUGAAAACCAACAACUAUGUCCGCUAUGCUAAGAUGUGGUACAAAGGCGUCAGCUUCACUAGCGAAUCUUGUGCUUUGAUCUACCUUGUAGACACGGCUGGCACGCGCACCACCACCGAYACCUUCACCGAUCUCACGAAGGACUACACUUUGACUGUGUUUUAUGAUGACUCCCGUCAUGGUCCGUCCUAUGUGCAGGAUGCUAAUGAAGUAAUACAAAAUUCCACAUAUUCCUGCACAGAUGAGGGCACUGAAAUCUAUGAAAUUAAUGGUUUCCGUAUCACGCAGGCCGCUGAUGGACUUGUAAAACUGACACGUACUCAUAAUAAAUGCUUGAUACGCACAAGUCCUGGCAAUGGUUCGGCCACUUUAACUACGCCAGGUAUUCACUGUACAGCCUCGUUGGGCAAAACUUCACAUUUGUUUGUUCGUCGUAAUGAAAAACGUAUGCACUUCGAUGGAUCGUGUUUCAUCGUACGCAACGCUGGGCAUUCGGCCGGCUUCAACGAGAACAACUUACUGAUCGUUUAUUAAAGCUAAGCAUGAAAACGGCAAAAACAGCAUUUUUGCCAAAAC